CCGUCCUUCAACUCGGCAGCUUGGCAACAACUCUCAAAGCACUGGCUGACAACACAACCAAAGAGAGAUAGACAGACACCAUGUCGCUCGCAAAGAAGAAGGCAUCAACAAAGGCGCGCCCAACGAAGCCGACACAAUUCCGCUACUUUUACGAGCGCGGAGACUUCCCCAUUGCGCUCGGACACAGCACCCGAGGCAACAUCAUCCAAUGGAAGGUCAAGGACAUCAGCAAGCUUGACUAUCACCACUACCUUCCUUUGUUCUUUGAUGGCCUGUGCGAGACCACACACCCCUACGACUUCUUCGCAGAGCAGGGCGUCAAGGAUCUCCUGGAGAAGGGCGGCGCGAAGAUCCUCCCAGUCGUGCCCCAGCUCAUCAUCCCCAUCAAAAAUGCAUUGAACACGCGCAACCCAGUGGUCGUUGCGCGAACGCUGAAGAUUUUGCAGCGGCUCGUGCACUCUGCCCCGCUUGUUGGCGAGGCCCUCGUGCCAUACUACAGGCAGAUUCUCCCCAUCCUCAACAUCUUCAAGAACAAAAACUCGAACAUGGGGGACGCGAUUGACUACGGACAGCAGAAGCGGGAAAACAUUGGUGACCUCAUCCAGGAGACGCUGGAGGCGUUUGAGAAGACUGGUGGCGAGGAUGCUUUCAUCAACAUCAAGUACAUGAUCCCAACAUACGAGUCUUGCGUCUUCAGCUAAGCUCGUCCCCUCCCUCCACCUUGCAUGUGUUCAUGCUCUUUCCAUCUCCACUUUUCGAAUGUCUGUGAGUGACCUACUUGUUCUCUGUGUUGGUGUCUGCCUGCCUGCCCCACAUAUGCGUCUCGAUCUCUGUUUGUCUGUUUGUGUGUGUGUUUGCCUCUGCUGAUUCCAUGGUUUCUGGACUUGUGUUAGAGCAAUGGCCUGGGUUGGGUGUUUAUUGUUUGGUGUGAACUGCUGCUUCUUUGGGGUUGCCGUCUCUUACACGAUGACGUAUGCGCGACUGGUGCGAAGGAAUGAGAGAGAGAGAUGUAACACAAAGGUGGAAAUGGCGC